AUGUGCUGUGCGGGCUCCACUGCAGCAUCGACAACAGUAGCGGACUCCGCUGCAGCAUGCUCCACUGCAGCACCGACCACAGCAGGGGGCUCCACUGCAGCACCGACCACGGUAGCGGGCUCCACGGCAGCAUCAACAACAGUGGCGGGCUCCACGGCAGCAUCGACAACAGUAGCGGGCUCCAUUGCAGCAUCGACAACAGUAGCGGACUCCACUGCAGCACCGACCACAGUAGCAUGCUCCACUGCAGCACCGACCACAGCAGGGGGCUCCACUGCAGCAUCGACCACGGUAGCGGGCUCCACAACAAUAAUAGUAGCGGGCUCCACUGUAGCACCGACCACAGUAGCGCGCUCCACGGCAGCACCGACUACUGUAUUGGGCUCCACUGCAGCAUCGACAACAGCAGCGGGAUCCACUGCAGCAUCGACCACAGUAGCGGUCUUCGCUUCAGCUCCGACUACUGUAGAGAGCUCCACGGCAGCAUCGACAACAGUAGGAGACUCCACUGCAGCAUCGACAACCGUAGCGGGCUCCACUGCAGCAUCGACAACAGUAGCGGACUCCACUGUAGCACAGACCUCAGUAGCGGGCUCCACUGCAGCAUCGACAACAGUAGUGGGCUCCACUGUAGCACCGACCACAGUAGCGGGGUCCACGGCAGCAUUGACAACAGUGGCGAGCUCAACUGCAGCACCGACCACAGCAGGGGGCUCCACGACAGGAUCGAAAGCAGUAGCGGGGUCCACGGCAGCAUCGACAACAGCAGCGGGCUCCACGGCAGCAUCAACAAAAGUGGCGGGCUCCACGGCAGCAUCGACCAUAGUAGUGGGCUCCACUGCAGAAUCGACAACAGUAGCGGGUUCCACAACAACAACAAUAGUAGCGGGCUCCACUGUAGCACCGACCACAGUAGCGCGCUCCACGGCAGCACCGACUACUAUAGUGGGCUCCACUGCAGCAUCGACAACAGCAGCGGGAUCCACUGCAGCAUCGACCACAGUAGCGGGCUCCGCUUCAGCACCGACUACUGUAGAGGGCUCCACGGCAGCAUCGACAACAGUAGGAGACUCCACUGCAGCAUCGACCAAAGUAGCGGGCUCCACUGCAGCACCAGCCACAGUAGGGGGCUCCACUGCAGCACCGACCUCAGUAGCGGGCUCCACUGCAGCACCGACCACAGCAGGGGGUUCCAAUGCAGCACCGACCACAGUAGCGGGCUCCGCUUCAGCAUCGACUACUGUAGAGGGCUCCACUGCAGCAUCGACAACAGUAGCGGGCUCCACGGCAGCAUCAACAACAGUAGCGGGCUCCACGGCAGCAUCGACCAUAGUAGUGGGCUCAACUGCAGCAUCAACAACAGUAGCAGGCUCCACAACAACAAUAGUAGCGGACUCCACUGUAGCACCGACCACAGUAGCGCGCUCCACGGCAGCACCGACUACUGUAGUGGGCUCCGCUGCAGCAUCGACAACAGCAGUGGGCUCCACUGCAGCAUCGACCACAGUAGCGGGCUCCGCUUCAGCACCGACUACUGUAGCGGUCUCCACUGCAGCAUCGACAACAGUAGGAGACUCCACUGCAGCAUCGACCAAAGUAGCGGGCUCCACUGUAGCACCGACCACAGUAGUGGGCUCCACGGCAGCACCGAGCACAGUAGCGGGCUCCACUGCAGCACCGACCACUGUAACGGGCUCCAUGGCAGCACCGACUACUGUAGUGGGGUCCACUGUAGCAUCGACAACAGUAGCGGACUCCACUGUAGCACCGACAACAGUAGCGGGCUCCACUGUAGCACCGAUCACAGUAGCGGGGUCCACGGCAGCAUCGACAACAGUGACGAGCUCCACAGCAGCACCGACCACAGCAGGGGGCUCCACAGCAGCACCGACAACAGUUGCGGGCUCCACGGCAGCGCCGACAACUGUAGGGGGCUCCAAUGCAACUUCGACAACAGUAGCGGGCUCCACUGUAGCACCGACCACAGUAGCGCGCUCCACGGCAGCACCGACUACUGUAGUGGGCUCCGCUGCAGCAUCGACCACAGUAGCGGGCUCCGCUUCAGCACCGACUACUGUAGUGGGCUCCACUGCAGCAUCGACAACAGUAGGAGACUCCACUGCAGCAUCGACCAAAGUAGCGGGCUCCACUGUGGCACCGACCACAGUAGCGGGCUCCAUGGCAGCACCGACUACUGUAGUGGGCUCCACUGCAGCAUCGACAACAGUAGCGGGCUCCACUGCAGCAUCGACCACAGUUACGGGCUCCAUUGCAGCACCGACUACUGUAGUGGGCUCCACUGCAGCAUCGACAACAGUAGCGGACUCCACUGUAGCACCGACCUCAGUAGCAGGCUCCACUGCAGCAUCGACCAAAGUAGCGGGCUCCACGGCAGCACCGACCACAGUAGCGGGCUCCACUGCAGCAUCGACAACAGUAGCGGACUCCACUGUAGCACCGACCUCAGUAGCAGGCUCCACUGCAGCAUCGACAACAGUAGCGGGCUCCACUGUAGCACCGAUCACAGUAGCGGGGUCCACGGCAGCAUCGACAACAGUGGCGAGCUCCACAGCAGCACCGACCACAGCAGGGGGCUCCACAGCAGCACCGACAACAGUUGCGGGCUCCACGGCAGCGCCGACAACAGUAGGGGGCUCCAAUGCAAUUUCGACAACAGUAGCGGGCUCCACUGCAGCACCGACCACAGUAGUUGCCUCCAAGGCAGCGCCGACAACAGUGAUGGGCUCCACUGCAGCAUCGACAACAGUAGGGAGCUCCACUGCAGCACCAACCAUAGAAGGGAGCUCCACUGCAGCAUCGACAACAGUAGGGAGCUCCACUGCAGCACCAACCAUAGUAGCGAGCUCCACUGCAGCAUCGACAACAGUAGCGGGCUCCACGGUACCGCCGACCACAGUAACGGGCUUCACUGCAGCACCGAAGACAGUAGCGGGCUCCACUACAGCACCAACAUUAGUGGGGGGCUCCACUGCAGCACCGACGACAGUAGCGGACUCCACUGCAGCACCGACGACAGUAGCGGGCUCCACUUCAGCAUCAACAACAGUAGCGGGUUCCUCCACAGUAGCGGGCUUCACUGCAGCACUAAUCUCAGUAGCGGGCUCCGCUGCAGCAUCGACAACAGUAGGGGGCUCCACUGCAGCAUCGACAACAGUAGGGAGCUCGACUGCAGCACCGACCACAGUAGGGCGUUCCACAGAACCGACAACUGCACUAUCUGGAACGACACAAGGACCCACCACAGCAGCUUCAGCGACGACAGUAGCUGCAACGACUCCAGCAACAACCACAGGACAUACAACGACUACCUUAGCUGCAACAGUUUCAGUAACAACCACGGCAGCUACAACGAUUCCAGAAGCUGCCACGACUCCAGCAACAACCACAGAAGCUGCAACGACAACAUUAGCUGCAACGACCCCAGCAACAACCACUGCUGCUACAACGGCUACAGUAGCUGAAACGACUCCAACAACAACCACAGCAGCUGCAACGACGACAGUAGGUGCCACGACUCCAGCAACAACCACAGCAGCUAAAACGACUACAGUAGCUGCAGCGAGUCCAGCAACAACCACUGCUGCUACAACAAAUACAGUAGCUGCAACGACUCCAACAACAAUCACAGCAGCUACAACAACUAUAGGAACUGAAACGACUCCAACAGCAACCACAAUAGCUUCAACGACGACAGUUGCUGCCACGACUCCAGCAACAACCACAGAAGAUACAACGACUACAGUAGCUGCAGCGACCCCAGCAACAACCACAGCAGCUACAGCAACUACAGGAGCUGCAACAACCCCAACAACAACAACCACAGCAGCUACAACGACUACAGUAGCUGCCACGACUCAAGCAACAACCAAAGAAGCUACAACGACUACAGUAGCUGCAGCGACCCAAACAACCACAGCAGCUACAGCAAGUACAGGAGCUGCAACGACCCCAACAACAACCACAGAAGCUACAACGACUACAGUAGCUGCCAUGGCUCCAACAACAACCACAGAAGCUACAACGACUACAUUAGCUGCAGCGACCCAAACAACCACAGCAGCUACAGCAACUACAGGAGCCGCAACAACACCAACAACACCAACAACAACCACAGCAGCUACAACGACUACAGUAGCUGAAGCGACCCAAGGAACAACCACAGAAGCUACAACGACUACAAUAGCCACAGCGACCCAAACAACCACAGCAGCUACAGCAACUACAGGAGCUGUAACGACCCCAACAACAACAACAACCACAGAAGCUACAACGACUACAGUAGCUGCCAUGACUCCAGCAACAGCCACAGAAGCUACAACGACUACAUUAGCUGCAGCGACCCAAACAACCACAGCAGCUACCGCAACUACAGGAGCUACAACGAUCCCAGCAACAACCACAGCAGCUAAAACGAAUACAGUAGCUGCAGCGAGUCCAGCAACAUCCACUGCUGCUACAACGACUACAGUAGCUGCCACGACUCCAGCAACAACCACAGCAGCUACAACGACUACAGUAGCUGCAGCGACCCAAACAACCACAGCAGCUACAGCAACUACAGGAGCUGCAACAACCCCAGCAACAACAACCACAGCAGCUACAACGACUACAGUAGCUGCCACGACUCCAGCAACAACCAGAGAAGAUACAACGACUACCCUAGCUGCAAUGACCCCAGCAAUAACCACAGAAGCUACAACGACUACAGUAGCUGCAACGACCCCAGCAAUAACCACAUCAGCUACAACGGCUACAGUAGCUGCCACGACUCCAGCGACAACCACAGAAGCUACAACGACUACAUUAGCGGCAACGACUCCAGUAACAACUACAACAGCUACAACGGCUACCGGAGCUGCAACGACCCCAACAGGAACCACAAAAGCUUUAACGACGACAGUAGCUGCCAUGACUCAAACAAUAACCACAGCAGCUACAACUACAUUAGUUGCAACGACCCCAACGUUUCCAGCAACUACCACAGCUGCUGCAACGACAACAACACAAGUCACAUCUGCUAUAGCAACUCCAGCAUCAACAACAACAUCUGGAACCACAGUCGCAAUAACCACAGCUUCAACGAAUACAGCAACAACAUUAGAAGCUGCAACCACUACAGCAACAAGCACAGCAGCUGCGACGACUACAGAGCCCACCACAACAGCAGUCACAACUACAGAACCCACAACAACAGUCACAACUACAGAACCCAAUUCAAUAACAGUCACAACUACAGAACCCACGACAACAGCCACAACUACAGAACCCACGACGACAGUCACAACUACAGAACCCACCACAACCACAGUCACAUCUACAGAGCCCACCACAACAAUUACAGCUACAGAACCCACCACAAUAACACAACUUGAAAGAAAUGGAAGCAGUCGUGGCAUUCUAGACAGCAUCAGGUUACAAGCCAUUACACCCUGUAUCCGGUUCUGUGGCUUUGGAAGCUGUUUUGUGGAUGACGGCACUCAGAAGUGUGACUGCAACACAGGAUACGGUUUUUUCGGCCUUUCCCAGUUUUGUCUAGAUGUCAAUGAAUGUGAAAACGGUUUGGAUUAUUGCUUGGGACGACCAGCCUGUGGGUCUAACGCAAGGUGCAUCAACUCUCCGUACGGCUCGUACACGUGUCGGUGUCCCAGCGGCUAUACUGGUGAUGGGAGGACAACGUGUGAGGAUGUAGACGAAUGUUUGUCGGCACCAUGUUCCGAGUUUGCCAACUGCACCAACACAGCAGGCAGCUACACUUGUCAGUGCCUGGACGGAUACGUGGGGUCUGGUACAGUUUGCACAGAAAUCAACGAGUGUAACUCCAACCCCUGCAUCGGAGGAACAUGUGUGGAUAGGAUCAACGGUUACAACUGUAGCUGUCGGGAGGGGUUCGCUGGUGAUAGGUGUGAGAUAAACAUCAAUGAUUGUGACCCCCAACCCUGCCUCAACAAUGGGACGUGCAGUGACAGGAUCAACGCUUACAGCUGUGACUGUGUGGAUGGGUGGGAGGGAAACAACUGUCAACAGGAUAUCAAUGAGUGCACAUCUGAUCCUUGUAACCGGAAUGCUGACUGCAACAACACGAACGGCUCCUUUACCUGCACCUGUAAACAAGGUUUCCAUGGAGAUGGAUUUGCAUGCACAGAAACCGAUGAGUGUGUUUCCAAUCCCUGUCAAAAUGGAGCAGACUGCAUGAACGGACUGAACAAGUACACGUGUGACUGUCCAAGUGAAUGGCAGGGCGUUAACUGUGAGGAAGAUGUCAACGAGUGCCUUCUCCAAAAAUGUCACAAAAACGCAGUCUGCAACAACACACGGGGAAACUACACCUGCACGUGCGAAGAAGGUUUUUAUGGAAAUGACCUAACACAGGAAAACCUCAUAUGUAGAGAAAUUAUCCUGUUUCCAUACGGUGAAGAACAAGGCGACACAUCGCUACCUGACACAGACCAACACAAAGACAUCUCAUUACCAUCAUUGAUUGAAAUCAGUAUAGGAUUCCCCUUCUUUGGGGAGUUCUACUACAGCCUUUACUUCUCAGAUAACGGGCUGAUGGUGUUUCCACCGACGGCGCAGUCCCGUGCACGGAGAGAACCGUACCCCAACCCCAGCCCGUUCAGUAGUGACAACACGGUACAGGCAGGGUUCCCUCCUAUGGUAGCAGCUUCCUGGGGAGAUGUUGAUCUAACAACUGAUGUUGGGAAAGUGUGGUAUCAGGUGUACAAUUCAAUUGAUGACACAUCAGUUGACAAUGCCACUCAAGCCAUGUUUGACAUGGUAACAGGGAGAAUGAACCAGUCUUUCAGCGACCCCUUUGUACCUACCUGGGUUCUGGUUGUCACCUGGGACAGUGUGCCGUCCGUGGAAGCAAGAUAUACCAAACAGAACCCAAACACAUUCCCAAGCAGUGCUGGCCACAGAUGGGUCAGACUCCGUUGCGUUCCUAACCUAUAA